AUGAAGUAUCUUCAGUCGCUGCCGCUGCUGUCCGCAGUGGUUGCUCCAGCCAGCGCAGCCUUCUCGUCAUGGACCAACGUCAACAUCAACGGAGGAGGCGGCUUCAUCGAUGGAAUCCUCUUUCACCCGACCACCCAGGGGUUGGUGUAUGCCCGCACCGAUAUUGGUGGGCUCUACCGCAUGAAUUCGGAUUAUUCUUGGACGCCUAUGACAGAUAGUAUCAUCACCGAUGCCAAUUGGGACAGAGCAGGCGUAGAUGCCAUGGCAGUGGAUCCUCAAGAUGACACCAAGAUCUACCUUGCCCUUGGAGAAUACACCAACAGCUGGGAUCCAGAUGAUGGCGUUAUUGCCAGGAGUUCCGACCAGGGAGAGACAUGGAGCUUCACCAACCUGACGUUCAAGGUUGGUGGAAACAUGCCUGGCCGAGGAAUGGGCGAGAGGCUGGCGGUCGACCCAGCCAACUCAGACAUCAUCUACUUUGGCGCCCGCAGCGGAAAUGGCCUCUGGAAGUCAACCGACGGAGGCGAGAGCUUCAGCAAGGUUUCGUCCUUCACGGCCGUGGGCAACUACGCUCCAGACCCGAGCGACUCCACAGGCUACGAGAGCGACCUGCAGGGCCUGGCGUGGGUGACCUUUGACCCCACCUCUUCCACCACCAACGGAGCCACCUCGCGCAUCUUUGUCGGGUCUGCCAGCAACGGCAGCGUCGAGGCCGUCUGGGUCUCGACAGAUGCGGGAUCGACCUGGACAGCGGUCGAGGGCCAGCCCGGAACAUACUUCCCGCACAAGGGCAAGAUCCAGCCAGACGAGGGCGCCCUGUAUAUUACGUAUUCCGACGGAACUGGACCCUACGAUGGUACUCUGGGUGCCGUUUGGCGCUACGAUAUUAGUAAUGCGACGUGGACCGAUAUCACCCCCGUGUCAGGCUCUGACCUCUACUUCGGGUUCGGCGGCCUGGGCCUCGACAUGCAGAGCCCAGGGACGCUGGUGGUGGCCGCGCUUAACAGCUGGUGGCCCGAGGCGCAGCUCUGGCGGUCCACAGACUCGGGUGCGACCUGGUCGCCCAUCUGGGAGUGGACAAGCUACCCGGACAUGGACCGCUACUACAGCAUCUCGACACCCGUCGCGCCCUGGAUCUACAAUAGUUUUAUUUCUGUCUCUGGUGCCGAGCAGCUCGGCUGGAUGAUCGAGUCCCUCGAAAUCGACCCUUUCAAUAGUGAUUUUUGGGCUUACGGAACCGGUUUGACAAUGUACGGCGGGCAUGACCUGACGGACUGGGACACUGCCCACAACAUCUCGAUCGUGUCGCUGGCGGAUGGUAUCAACGAGUUUGCCACGCAGUGGCUUAACUCUGUGCCUGGCGGGUCGGAACUGCUGGUGGCUGUGGGAGAUGACUGCGGCUUCACGUUUGAGAGCGCAUCGGACUUGGGGACCAGCCCGCAGACGACGUGGAUGACGCCCUUCUGGGCCACCUCGACCAGUGUUGACUACGCUGGAAACGAUCCCGCCAAUAUUGUCCGUGUUGGCGACGCAACCGGUGCUCAGAUGAUCGCCAUCAGCACCGACGGAGGCGCCUCCUGGAACAUCGACUACGGCUCCAGCACCACAGACUACGGCGGUGAGGUCGCCUAUUCCGCCAACGCAGAUACCAUCCUCUGGUCCAGCGCCACAUCCGGCGUCAUGCGCUCCCAGUAUCAAAGUACUUUCGCGACCGUCAGCACCUUAUCCUCGGGCGCCGUCAUCGCCAGCGACAAGCGCAACGGUACUGUCUUUUACGGCGCCGUGUCUGGUGCCUUCUACGUCUCCACAGACACCGGCUCGACCUUUACCAAGGGUGGCGCUCUUGGUAGUGCCUCCUCGGUUGUCCAGAUUGUCGCGCACCCGACCACGGCCGGCACCGUCUACGUCUCCACCAAUCUGGGCAUCUUCAAGUCCACCAACUAUGGCGCCAGCUUUUCCCAGCUGUCGACCACCAUCACAGCCACCCAGCAGAUUUCCCUUGGCCUUCCCGCCUCGGGGUCCACCUGGUACCUGUAUGCCUUUGGCGACGGGCCCGACGGGAACAAGCUGUACGCCUCUGCCGACGACGGGUCCACCUGGACUGAUAUCCAGGGCAGUCAGGGUUUUGGUGCCAUCUCGGGCGCCAAGCUUGUUGGUAGCGGUAACCAGGCUGGCCAGGUCUAUGUCGGCUCCGGCGUGGGACGUGGUGUCUACUAUGCCUCUGGCUCGCUCACGGGCUCGAGCGUGACCACCACGAGCUCGUCUGCCAAGUCGACGACCACCUCCACCUCAAGCGUGAAGACCUCCACUACAACUAGCACUGCCAUCAGCACAACCUCCAGCGUAAAGACCACGAGCACUGUCAGUACUAGUAGUAGCACCACGCUGAAGACGAGCACCACGUCGACAUCUACGGCCCCGGCUAGUACUUGUACGGCAGCGCAGUAUGCCCAGUGCGGUGGGACUGGGUUUACGGGAUGCACGACUUGUGCUAGUGGCUCGACUUGUACGUAUGAGAAUGACUACUACUCUCAGUGCAUCUGA